AUGCUGGAGGCUGGGGCUUCAGCGAUGGCGGCCCCUGUUUGCUCGACAUUUGUCUUUAUGUUUGGAAGAGCCCUAGCGGCUUGCAGAACCAAGCGCUUGAAGAAACACCAAAAGUUGGCACGGCGCUUCAUGAGAGAGGCCAAGCAGAGUGAGACCAGUAUGGAUGAGAGACCCCGCGUCAACGAUGCCUGGGUCAGGGGCGCAAACCUGCGCCCCAUCCUAGCUUACCUUUCCAAGUGCAAGUAG